ACUAAUCGCUCAUCUGCCAUUCCUCGGCCGAACUGAGAGCAGUAAACUCCGACAUGAACACUUGUGCACCGUUAUAAUGAGUGGCGGUUUUAUUUUUCCGGGGCUUACCUGAAUAUAUGCGUGACACAGGAUCCGUGUUUGUUGUUUCUUUGCGGUAACUAUGAACGUAAGAAAAAUACGUUAUCAGUUUAGUAGCCUGCUAGCUAGAGGUAGCUAACGUGAAGCUAACGGCUAACUGUUUGGGUCCACUGUGUUACUUGUUACCAAGACAUUAGCGCACUUUGUAAAUGUACCUUUAACACCCGUCUGCGAAGUAAAUUGCAUUGUGUAGCACCUAAUAUAGCUGCCCGGUGAUGAAUGGCGCUUACGGAUAAGUUUAGGUGUUGUUGUGACUGUUGACACUCCACAGUUUGGGUUGCCACCUGAUACUGUUUGCUACCUGUGUGUGUACGCCGCUAGCCACGUAAACUGGCUGCUGCUUGGUGUUGACGUAGCACGAGCAGCUAGUUCGCCUGCCCUGUUUAGCUAUUUACAUUUUAUGUUAAUUAGGGGUGCGAAGACAUUGCCAGCCUCCCUCCUAAAACAAGACAUCCUGAAGACGAAACUCCCCCGAGGACAUGAGCAGUUGUCACUCAAAAUGCUCUAGCUGGACUUGAACGUGUGGCUCGUUAGUUUCCUGAUCCAGUUGCAUUGAGCGGAUGAUGAAACGGGUCCUCUGGCUGAUAUCAGGCUUAAACAGAAGAAUGAUGAAGCUCCUUUUUGCCCUCGCUUUGAUUGCCUACAUUGCCUCUGUUUGGGGAACAUAUACGAACUUGAGAUCAAUACAGGAACAGGGAAAGAUGAAGAUUGAGCAGAGAAUUGAUGAAGUUAUUGCUCCGCUCAGAGAAAAGAUUCGCGAUCUGGAACAAAGUUUUUCUCAGAAAUACCCACCAGUGAAAUUCCUGUCAGAAAAGGAUCGGAAGAGAAUUUUGAUUACUGGAGGAGCUGGUUUUGUAGGUUCUCAUCUGACUGACAAGUUGAUGAUGGAUGGCCAUGAGGUGACUGUGGUCGACAACUUCUUCACAGGGAGAAAGAGAAAUGUAGAGCACUGGAUUGGUCACGAGAACUUCGAGCUCAUCAAUCAUGAUGUGGUGGAGCCUCUCUAUAUUGAAGUGGACCAGAUCUAUCAUCUGGCAUCUCCAGCUUCCCCUCCCAACUACAUGUACAAUCCCAUCAAAACACUCAAGACAAACACCAUCGGCACACUUAACAUGCUUGGCCUGGCCAAACGUGUGGGUGCAAGACUUCUGUUGGCUUCUACCUCCGAGGUUUAUGGAGAUCCAGAGGUGCACCCUCAAAAUGAGGAGUACUGGGGGCACGUGAACCCAAUCGGUCCUCGAGCAUGCUACGAUGAGGGGAAGCGUGUAGCAGAGACUAUGUGUUACGCCUACAUGAAACAGGAAGGAGUAGAGGUGAGGGUGGCGAGGAUCUUCAACACGUUUGGCUCCCGGAUGCACAUGAACGAUGGACGUGUCGUCAGUAACUUCAUCCUUCAGGCUCUACAAGGAGAACCCCUCACUGUGUAUGGUACCGGUUCUCAAACGCGAGCCUUUCAGUAUGUAAGUGAUCUGGUGAAUGGUCUGGUGUUAUUGAUGAACAGCAACAUCAGCAGUCCAGUCAAUCUGGGGAACCCAGAAGAACACACCAUCCUGGAGUUUGCACGUCUCAUCAAAAGUCUCGUUGUGAGCCGAAGCCAGAUCCAGUUCCUUCCUGAGGCUCAGGACGACCCGCAGAGGAGAAGACCUGACAUCCGAAAAGCCAAGAUGAUGCUCGGCUGGGAGCCAGUGGUGCCUCUGGAGGAAGGCUUGAACAAAACUAUUCAGUACUUCAGCAGAGAACUGGAGCACCAGGCCAACAACCAGUACAUCCCCAAACCUAAAGCUGCCCGCAUGAAGAAAGGACGACCCAGACACAACUGAGGCCGGCGUUCUCCAUCAGACCCUCGUUCGCAAACACAAAGAUUAAAGACUCCUUAAAGAGCAACUCAAUUUUCUCAAUUUUCUCUCUCUUAAAACUCUCUUUAUAAAGAUAGUGCUGUCUUGUGUUGGAGCUGCCGCUGCAUUGGGGGUGAGGGGUUCCUUGUCAGAACUCAUGUGGGUGAUGGACAAGCCUGAAUCAAAGAAGCAAGAAAUCUGAAACCCAGCCGACCUUUUUGUGAAUUUGUGCUUUUGCUAUUUAAAAUCGCCGUCUUGAGAAUCCUAUACAAACAUCUCACACUGUGCACCCGUGCUUUGUUUUUGUCGGUUUCACUGUGUUUCGUCUCUGGAAACGAGCUACCUGAGUUUGUUUUCCCACUGGACGCUUUGUCCUCUCACCAGUGGCGUGCUGGCACCCUGUUGGAUGUUCAUGCAGCGCACUGCAGGACUGGACAGAUCCUCGAGCAAGACUGUUACAACAUCAUUGUGUGUUUUUCAAGACGUCAUCGUGUUUGUGAAAUCUCAUUAUCAAGAUGUGCAUUAUCAAUUUGAGGUGAAGAUGCUAUUUUAAUAAAAAUAUUUCCAAUA